GUUCACUCGUUGAGAGGGAGACUGUCUGAAUUUUUUUUCUCCCUUCGUUAGCAAAAUGGCCGAUGUUCUAUGACCGCGGCAGACGUCUUCGAUCUAAUUCGUAAUGUCGCGUGUGAUUUGUAGGUAAAUAAACUUUCUAAAGUGCAAGUGUUUGUGUUGUUUAAAAGUGUACGGUGAUUGUGCAUUGGUUGUCACCUCAGUGCAUAGUUAUAGUGAACACACGUCAAUCAAUCCACAGUGUUUGUGUUUAGUGUCUUGUGCCUUGUUUUCUCGGAUAUCUUGACCAUAUCAUCAGUCUUGGAUUUAUGUUGCAUACGCCACGGUGAUGCAGAGCCCGGGAGCGGCUGGCGGCGACUCGCUGCUGACCGUCACCGUCGUCAGGGACGAACAUGGCUACGGGAUGAAGGUGUCAGGCGACAACCCGGUAUACGUCCAGUCAGUCAAAGAGCACGGGGCGGCGUGGCGCGCCGGCCUCCGCGCCGGGGACAGGAUCCUCAGGGUGGACGGGGUUCCAGUACAUCAUCACACGCACCAUAAGGUCGUCCUCAUGAUUCGAUCGAACCCGUCCACCGUGCUCACAGUGCAUCAGAACAUCCAGAGACAGAAGACUCCCAUCACCGCGCCAGUGCCUGUCAAUUCGGAGAAGCAGCGGCAGCUAGAGUGCUCGAAGGUGAACACGGUGCGGCUCAUGCUGCACAAUGAGAGACAGUUCAUCGCGCACUUAAAAAGCGAGCUCCAAAAGGUCCCGGACGUGCGUAAACAAGCUGAACUCGAGACGGCGGAGAAGCGAUGUGCGCAGCUGCAGAAGGAGAUUGACACUAUUGUUGCUGCUCAGCCUGAGGUACAGUCGUCGACCCCGCGCCCCAACCGCCACCGCGCCAGUCUGGACAAAGUGGACAAACUGGACAAAUCCGGCUCCCCCCCUACGCCCACCAACACCGGCUUUCUAUCCGGACUACCCAGGUCUUUGUCUAAUCUGACCGGACAGAGUUUGAGGAACUUGAGAGAGAGAAAGAACAAGAUUCAGCAGGAAAACACGCCUCCGUUGGUGCGACAGAAUUCGGAUGAGAGUAAUAAUCGAAAAAGGCAUAAUAAUACAGUUCCAAUUGUGCCGACUACAUGUCUGGAUAACAGUCCGCCGCCGCUGCCACCACGGUCGAUAAGAAACCCGUUAACCCCGAACACGACCCCGGUUAACCCGCUAGCGAAGCCAAAACCCUCAAGCAGUGUGACGUCAGUAUCGGCAACUCAAUUCUUCAAGGACUACAAAAACCCGAUGCACCAAUCUAUGCCGGCGUACAGAGAUAAUCCGCACCAAUUGAGAAGGUCGUCUCACUCCUUGGAUGGGGAUCUGGAAGGGCCGCAACCGAAUUCGAUCGCGUUGCAGAUGAGUUAUCCGCUGGUCAAUGCCCCGCCGCCGCCAUUGCAGAUGGACACGCGCGGCGCGCCGGUGCUGCACGUGCGGAGCCAGUCCUCGCCCGAGCAUCUGGAGCACAGCGUGCAUAGGACGGCUACAGAAGAAGUGUGUCCAGAGCUGUGGGAGCGCUCCCCGCCGCCCGGCACGCCGCCGCCGCCAUACGCACAUAAUACACAGCCGUGUGCGGAUCCCCAAAGAGCCAUAAUUUCCAUGGAAGAAGAUGACCCGCCUUCUGAAAACUCAUCUUACUCCGGGUUAUUCUCAAACCUACGCACAGUACGAGAGUCUAAAGCAAGAUUUGCUGUUCUGUUGAACUGGCUACUUGGGGAACGAAGGUGCGCCUGCGCAGCGCUCCUCCUCCUCGUAACAGACGGGUACCGGGGCGCCUCCGUGCCAAUCUCGACCCUACGGCGCUGGGCAUACGAGAUACAGUCCACCUUCCUCACGCCUCACGCCGCGCUGAAGCUCACUCACGCCGACGAGCAGAUGGCUAAUGAUAUCGACCACAUACUGUUGCAUGAAUACGAGAAAGAAGAAAUCCUACGCAACGUCUUCCGCAAAGCCCGACAGAAGGCGAAGGAAGAACUAACGCAACAACUAGAAGAGUUCCAAGUGAAGAGACAAGUGGGCCUGGGGACUUUAUACGGACCUGAUGAUGCAGUGUUGCAUACCGCUAGUGUGGAUAAGGCUCAGGAGCAAGUAAUAGUGGAGCGCAUAACCCUUCAGCUGCUGCGCGGGCUGGCGGCCCCCGACUGCGCCACGGACGCGCGCGCCGCGCUCCUCGCCGCCGUGACCUGCGCCUGUACCGCCCUCGGAGCCCGGCCGGCAACACUAGCGGCGGCGGUGGGCGGAUCCCGACCUACAUUUCUACAGAGAGACAAGGUGUACAAGCAACGACUCAAGCAGUUGACCAAACAGAACCCGCAACCGUUCGUAGUCCGCGGCCACCACCUGCAACUCCAAGCCUUGACGUCAGUAGCUCACUGCCACGCCUGCGACUUACCAUUGUGGGGACUGGCGCCUCAAGCUUACGUGUGCACAGAUUGCAAUCUCCGCGUCCACCGCACCUGCACAAAAGCGGUCGAAGAGCCAUGUUGCCUCGACUCUGAGCACCACAACAAUAGGAUCUCGCGCUUUAUGGAGAGGAUACACCACAACAACACGACUAGCAAUCCAGAUUCGGGUGAGAAAAAAUCGCGCAAAACGUCCAGCACUGCGCAUUUUCUCAACAUGGAGAGAAGUGUCCGCAAGAUGGAAGACGAUUCGACGUGGGACGCGCCGCCGCAACACGCACCAGGCGAGGCGCGUCGCGAGGGCUCGGCAGAGGACGCAGCGGAUGCGGAGCCCGAGACCGACAGCAAGGAUGCCCCGGACAAGGAUAACAACUGGCGCACGGCGCCAUCUAGCGGUCGCGGCGUGAACCGCGCGGAGAGCUGCCGCGAGCGGGAUGCGCCGCGCCGCGGGAAGCACCGCAACGCCAGCGACCCCAACCGCCUCACCGCGCACAACCACCAUGACCUGGAGCCGGCGGGCGGCGCGGCGCCGUCGGGCAGCUCGAGCUCGUCCAGCCUGUCCUCGCGCAGCAACGAGAGCAACACCGCGCCUGCUGAACAACAAGCCGCCUCCCAAUCGGACUGGUCCGACGAGGAGGAGCCCCUGGCCGCGCAGUGGGCCGACAGCCUGCCUCCCCACGUGCUGGACUCGCUCACUCUGACGCCGAAGCAGAGGAAGCGGCAGGAGGUUAUACACGAGCUGAUAGUAUCCGAGCGGUCGCACGCGCGCUGGCUGAAGGUCCUGGACGCGGUGUUCCUGCGCGCGCUGGAGGCGCCGCCGCCGCCGCUGCCGCCCGACGAGCUGCGCGCGCUGUUCCCCAACCUUCCUGCUGUCAGAGAGCGCCACGGUCGCCUGUACGCGGAUCUGAAGGCGCUGCGGGCGGCGGGACACGUCGUGCAGAUACGACCCGUCGCCGAUGCUAUAUUGAAUACGCUGGGCGACCCGGGCUACGCGCCGUGUCUGUCCAAGUUCUGCCGCGGACAACGGAUGGCGCUAGAGGCGCUGCGAGAGAGACGGCGGAAGAGCAAGGAACUACACGCGUUACUAGCAUCCCGCGAGCAACUGCCGCUGUGCGGGAGACUGCAACUGAGGGACCUGCUGGCGUGCGUGUGGCAACGGCUCACCAAAUACCAGCUGCUCCUCGAGUCCCUCCUAGCGACAGUCACCAGCGGCGAGACCGAGGCCGACGCGGCGCGGCUGAGACUGGCUCUACACACUGCCAAGGAUGUUCUACAUACUGUGGACACUGCUGUGAGGACUGCUGAGAAUGAACACAGACUAAAAUCAAUACAAUCGAAGCUAGAAGUCCGGGCCAACGGCUCUGAAUGGGAAGAACUAAGAAGACUCGAUCUCACUCAACACACGCUACGUAUGGAAGGGGACCUCGCCAUCCGGAAUGACAGUAAUAAGAAGAUCAGCGUACUGGCACUCAUGCUAGAAGACAUCCUGGUCCUCCUUCAACGUGAAGGCGACAAGUUCGUGUUGAAGCCGGUGACGCAGCCGAGCCAGCAGGGGCUGCUGUCGCCGCUCAUACGGUGGGACAAGGUGCUGUUUCGUCCGAACGCCGCAGUACGCAAUGCCUUCUUCCUGAUGAACAUCAACGGAGUACAGAUGCACGAGCUGUCCACCAACACCUCCACUGAGUACACCACCUGGGUGAAGCACAUCCAGGACGCGCCGCUGGCCAAGCUCACGGACCUCAAGCCGCACGCGCCGCGACAAGCCGAGGAUAGCGGUACAAACGUCUCCCGCAACCCAUCAGACGCAUCAGAAAAAUCCGAAAAGUCGGAAAAGAGCGACAAACUCGACAAAACAGACAUCCCAUCCCCACUACAGCCAGAAGAUACUUCCACCCCGGAGAGACAGCUGUCGAGAGAGAGGAGCGAGGAGAGAGAGAGGGAGAGAGAGAAGAGUGUGGAGGAUAGUAGAGGGAGGGAAGGGGGCAGUGAAGAGAGAGAGAGGGAAAGGCAUACCAGUCCCCGCCGCCCCACAGUGGGCCGCAUAUCCACAGUCGCCCGCUCGCCGCCCCCCCUCGAGCAGGUGCUAGUGGCGCCCCCGCUGGCCCACACCUGCCAUGUGCCCGUCACCGAGUAUACUAGCGAUGAGCGCCUCCGCCGCCUGGACCGCCUCAUCGCGUCCGCCCUCGCGGCCAAGGCGUCCAUAGUAGGCGCCCUGUUGGACGCCCCAGCCGGCGCCAUGACACAUCUAGCUGACAUCGCGAGGGCAGAUACACUGUGUGAUACAGACAUAGCCUCAGAGCUGCGCGCCACCCGCCUCGACCGCAGCAGCAGUGUGGAGGAGGACAUGCCUGAACCUGACGUGGAUAAUAUACACCCGCUACUGUUGACUGCUUAUGCACAAGCGACGGAGCUAACCGAAACACUUUCGGGCGCUCUCCGCGUGAGUCCCGCGCGACUCAUGCGCGCGCGCCGCGGCCGCUGCGACCAGUGCGCGCCCAUACACGAGCCACCCCCGCCGCCGCCCCUGGAGCAGCCAAUCACGGACGUGGACCAAUCAGCGGAGUCGCUCGGCACCAGCAAGGACGCCUCCUUCGACAUGCUGAGUGAACUGGCCAAUAUGGAGGGCGAACGCAGCUUUAUUGACCCAGACGACUCCGCCUCCACCCUAGCCACUCGCCUGCUGCCGGUCUCGGCCGGACUGCAGGCCGCCCUGUCGCGCCUGCUGGUGGCCACGCCGCUCGCCGCGCAGCGACACGUCGCGACUAGGAGCCAGCUCACUGUCGCUAGUGAGAACCAGUGCCGGUUGAGGACUAAACACCAAAUGUCACAAGAGAUGAAUAUUCCUGACGACGAAGCGGAGGAGACAAUACAAGACCAACCCAGUAACGGGGGUUGAUGACCUCGACGAGACGGACGAGACUCGACCCGGCGACCGCGAGGCAACCCUCAACCACUGAGCCCACGCGGCUAUUUGAUUCAAUAUCCAAGACUAAUCGAUCUUACACCUUCAACUGUUCAGUUAAAGGCGAAAUUUCAUUGAAGGGGGUUAAAAUUGUACUUUUUUUAUGAAUGGAUUUGAUAUGGCUGGCCCAGUACCACUUUGUUAUGUAAUAAAAAGAUUUGUGUAUUAAAAGUAUGGCCGUUCAGUCUUUUAAGUUUUUCUUACACUUUAGUAGAUUGAAAAGUAAUCGUAUCAAAAUUAAAUUUUGUAAUUGUAUUUUUUUGGAAAAUCUAAUAAGUUUUUAAGUGUCGUAACUAAAAUAGAAUAAAAUGAACCGUUGUAUAUUUGUAAUAAUUGUUUUUUUCUCUACUAGAAUUCUCUUUCUGUAAGUAAAAAAAAUCUUAGAUUAAAAAGUAUAUAAAAAUAUUAUUUUAAUAUUCCAUGUACGUAAUUUAUGUAGGUAUGUGAUCCACAUAAGUAUAAUGCACAGAUAAGUUUUUUAAUGUUUAAAAUUAAGUUAUAUUUUUGUUAAAUGUACAUAAAUAUAUGUUUUAGAUUAGCUAUGGAUGUGUGGAGGAAAGCAAGUGGAUAAAAUAUAUAACAACUUUGAAUAAAUGAAACAGAAUAUAUACAAUAAUUUUGUAUGUAUAUUUGUAGAACUUUUGAAAUUAUUAGUAAGUAUUAUAUUGGACAAUACAAUUUAUCAUUUCGAAAUUGUAUUUAUUGGUAUUUUUAUUAAAAAAUCAUGUAAUACUUACUUUCCAUAUAAAACUAAUUUCGGUCAAAUAAUUAUAUGAUAUACAAUACAAUCCUAUGUAAGUGCCCUAAGAACAUUGUACCUUAUUACAUGCCAUAUUUACUAGUUAUAUACAAAAGCGUGGAACGACAAAAUAUACUGAAUGUAUGCUGUUUAAUCUAUAAAUACUAAUGCACGUCCCUCUAUAAAACCAUAAUGUUAAUAUUUUUUUAUAUUUCUUCCAUUAUUGAUAAUUUUUACUAAUAGUAAUGAAUAAAGAAUGUUCUUCUAAGCAGCAUAUAAGUAAGCUUUUUCAUAUAUAUCCACAAAAUAUAAUUAUGGAUUAAACAGCAUAUUGAUAAUAUAUAUUUCCGCAUACCUAAAAUAAUAUAAUUAAGUAUGUAAUAUAAAAAAAAGAAUGUUCCACUGUUGUACCACACCGCUUUUGAUGAUUGUUAUUAUAAUUAUACCUAAUAUAUACAUUAUAUACAGGCGUAACACAUAAAAAGCUUAUAUAUUUUAUACCUUAGGCUAGGCUUAGACCAAAUGAAAACCCAUCCACUAUUCCCAAUAUAUAAAUUUGUAUAUGUUAUAUGUAACUACUAUAUAAAGAGCUUUGUAAUUAAGAAUAUUAUACACAUUGGCAAUUUUGUAUAAGGAUGUGAUGGAAUAUGUAGCACAUUUCAACAGAUAUAAUAAUUAAGCACAAAAUUCAAUGCACUUGAUUUCAUGUCAGUAAAUACUUUAAACAUAUUAUUGAUAUUGAUAAGAUAGGUACUUCCUACAUUUAGAUUUACACUAUUUAGAUGUCAUCACGACCCAUUACGUCCCCACUGCUGGGGCACGGGUCUCCUUCCAAUGAAGGAAGGGUUUAGGCCUAGUCCACCACGCUGGCCAAGUGCGGGUUGGUGGACCCCAACACAGGCAAGCUUGUGCUUAGAGAGUUGUCGGAUAAGUGGGCAACCCGACUGUCAGAUGUUUUCAAGCCACCCGAAGGCCUCUGACUAGGCUUAACGACUGCUGCCGAAGCAGCAACCGGGACCCACGGCUUAACGUGCCGUCCGAAGCACGGAAGCGUCCAGAAAAGCACCACUUGAAAUUGGUCACCCAUCCAAUGGCUGACCGUGUCAGUUGUUGCUUAACCUCAGCGAUCAGUUACGAUCACUGAGGCCCGCUCGACUACGGACGCUAUUUAGAUGUAUUUUUAAUUAUUCAUUUCAUAACACACUUGCGUAAUUUUCAAAUUAAUUAAUUAUAAUUCAGAACUUUCAUCAGGAAUACCACGUAUAAACUAUGGUUUUUGGUGUUGGGACUUGAUUCUGUUGCAGAGUUAGCAAUAUCGGGACUCUAUGAUCAAUAAUUAAAUAUAUGCUAUUUAUUUAUGAACUCUAAAAGUUUAUAACUGUAAGUACAUGUUUUUUUUCUCUUUUGAAUUAAUAACAAUAAUAUUCCAUCACUUCCUACGCUUUAAUCACUGUCUACGGCAUAUUACUAUUAUGGCAUAUAAAUAAUAUAGAGGUAUCAGUACAUACCAUUACAUAAACUGUA